ACUACAACACCUACUACGACAACCACAACACCUACUACGGUAACCACAACAACUACUACGGCAACCACAACACCUACUACGACAACCACAACUGUACCUCCUACGACAACCACAGCUCCAACUACAAAAACUGUAGCUCCUACGACCCCCACAACUGCAGCACCUACAACGACAACUGUAGCUCCUACGACCACAAAUGCAGCACCUACUUCAACAACUACAACUGCAGCACCUACUACGACAACUACAACCGAAACUGCUACAACAACCACGACUUCAGCACCUACUACGACAACUACAACACCUACUACGACAACCACAACACCUACUAUGACAACCACACCUGUAGGUCCUACGACAACCACAACUGCAGCUCCAACUACAACAACUGUAGCUCCUACGACCACCACAACUGCAGCACCUACUACGACAACCACAACCGAAGCUGCUACGACAACCACGACUUCAGCGCCUACUACGACAACUACAACACCUACAUUACCUACUACGACAACCACAACACCUACUACGACAACCACAACACCUACUACGACAACCACAACUGUACCUCCUACGACUACAACAACUGUAGCUCCUACGACCCCCACAACUGCAGCACCUACAACGACAACUGUAGCUCCUACGACCACCACAACUGCAGCACUUACUACGACAACUACAACCGAAGCUGCUACGACAACCACGACUUCAGCGCCUACUACGACAACAACAACACCUACGACGACACCCACAACUGCAGCUCCAACUACAACAACUGUAGCUCCUACGACCACCACAACUGCAGCACCUACUACGACAACUACAACACCUACUACGACGACCACAACACCUACUACGGCAACCACAACAACUACUACGGCAACCACAACAACUACUACGACAACCACAACUGUACCUCCUACGACAACCACAACUGCAGCUCCAACUACAACAACUGUAGCUCCUACGACCCCCACAACUGCAGCACCUACAACGACAACUGUAGCUCCUACGACCCCUACAACUGCAACACCUACUUCAACAAGUACAACUGCAGCACCUACUACGACAACUACAACAGAAACUGCUACAACAACCAUGACUUCAGCACCUACUACGACAACUACAAUACCUACUACGACAACCACAACACCUACUAUGACAACCACAACUGUAGCUCCUACGACAACCAUAACUGCAUCUCCAACUACAACAACUGUAGCUCCUACGACCACCACAACUGCAGCACCUACUACGACAACCACAACCGAAGCUGCUACGACAACCACGACUUCAGCGCCUACUACGACAACUACAACACCUACAUUACCUACUACGACAACUACAACACCUACUACGACAACCACAACACCUACUACGACAACCACAACUGCAGCUCCAACUACAACAACUGUAGCUCCUACGACCACCAUAACUGCAGCACCUACUACGACAACUACAACACCUACUACGACAACCACAACUGUACCUCCUUCGACAACCACAACUCCAACUGCUACGACAACCACGACUUCAGCGCCUACUACGACAACCACACCACCUACGACAACAACCACAACUGCAGCUCCAACUACAACAACUGUAUCUCCUACGACCACCACAACUGCAGCACCUACUACGACAACUACAACACCUACUACGACAACCACAACACCUACUACGCACUUACUACGACAACUACAACCGAAGCUGCUACGACAACCACGACUUCAGCGCCUACUACGACAACCACACCACCUACGACAACAACCACAACUGCAGCUCCAACUACAACAACUCACUUACUACGACAACUACAACCGAAGCUGCUACGACAACCACGACUUCAGCGCCUACUACGGCAACCACACCACCUACGACAACAACCACAACUGCAGCUCCAACUACAACAACUCACCUACAACUACAGCUGAAGCUCCUACGAUAACCACAACUGCAGCACUUACUACGACAACUACAACCGAAGCUGCUACGACAACCACGACUUCAGCGCCUACUACGGCAACCACACCACCUACGACAACAACCACAACUGCAGCUCCAACUACAACAACUGUAUCUCCUACGACCACCACAACUGCAGCACCUACUACGACAACUACAACACCUACUACGACAACCACAACACCUACUACGGCAACCACAACAACUACUACAGCAACCACAACACCUACUACGACAACCACAACUGUACCUCCUACGACAACCACAGCUCCAACUACAAAAACUGUAGCUCCUACGACCCCCACAACUGCAGCACCUACAACGACAACUGUAGCUCCUACGACCACAAAUGCAGCACCUACUUCAACAACUACAACUGCAGCACCUACUACGACAACUACAACCGAAACUGCUACAACAACCACGACUUCAGCACCUACUACGACAACUACAACACCUACUACGACAACCACAACUGCAGCUCCAACUACAACAACUGUAGCUCCUACGACCACCAUAACUGCAGCACCUACUACGACAACUGUAGCUCCUACGACAACCACAACUGCAGCUCCAACUACAACAACUGUAGCUCCUACGACCACCACAACUGCAGCACCUACUACGACAACCACAACCGAAGCUGCUACGACAACCACGACUUCAGCGCCUACUACGACAACUACAACACCUACAUUACCUACUACGACAACCACAACACCUACUACGACAACCACAACACCUACUACGACAACCACAACUGCAGCUCCAACUACAACAACAACCGAAGCUGCUACGACAACCACGACUUCAGCGCCUACUACGACAACCACACCACCUACGACAACAACCACAACUGCAGCUCCAACUACAACAACUGUAUCUCCUACGACCACCACAACUGCAGCACCUACUACGACAACUACAACACCUACUACGACAACCACAACUGCAGCUCCAACUACAACAACUGUAGCUCCUACGACCACCAUAACUGCAGCACCUACUACGACAACUGUAGCUCCUACGACAACCACAACUGCAGCUCCAACUACAACAACUGUAGCUCCUACGACCACCACAACUGCAGCACCUACUACGACAACCACAACCGAAGCUGCUACGACAACCACGACUUCAGCGCCUACUACGACAACUACAACAGCUCCUACGACCCCCACAACUGCAGCACCUACAACGACAACUGUAGCUCCUACGACCACAAAUGCAGCACCUACUUCAACAACUACAACUGCAGCACCUACUACGACAACUACAACCGAAACUGCUACAACAACCACGACUUCAGCACCUACUACGACAACUACAACACCUACUACGACAACCACAACACCUACUACGACAACCACAACUGCAGCUCCAACUACAACAACUGUAGCUCCUACGACAACCACAACUGCAGCUCCAACUACAACAACUGUAGCUCCUACGACCACCACAACUGCAGCACCUACUACGACAACCACAACCGAAGCUGCUACGACAACCACGACUUCAGCCACCUACUACGACAACUACAACACCUACUACGAUAACCACAGCACCUACUACGACAACCACAACUCACCUACAACUACAACUGAAGCUCAAAGGAUAACCACAACUGCAGCACUUACUACGACAACUACAACCGAAGCUGCUACGACAACCACGACUUCAGCGCCUACUACGACAACCACACCACCUACGACAACAACCACAACUGCAGCUCCAACUACAACAACUGUAUCUCCUACGACCACCACAACUGCAGCACCUACUACGACAACUACAACACCUACUACGACAACCACAACACCUACUACGGCAACCACAACAACUACUACGGCAACCACAACACCUACUACGACAACCACAACUGUACCUCCUACGACAACCACAGCUCCAACUACAAAAACUGUAGCUCCUACGACCCCCACAACUGCAGCACCUACAACGACAACUGUAGCUCCUACGACCACAAAUGCAGCACCUACAACGACAACUACAACUGCAGCACCUACUACGACAACUACAACCGAAACUGCUACAACAACCACGACUUCAGCACCUACUACGACAACUACAACACCUACUACGACAACCACAACACCUACUAUGACAACCACACCUGUAGGUCCUACGACAACCACAACUGCAGCUCCAACUACAACAACUGUAGCUCCUACGACCACCACAACUGCAGCACCUACUACGACAACCACAACCGAAGCUGCUACGACAACCACGACUUCAGCGCCUACUACGACAACUACAACACCUACAUUACCUACUACGACAACCACAACACCUACUACGACAACCACAACACCUACUACGACAACCACAACUGCAGCUCCAACUACAACAACUGUAGCUCCUACGACCACCAUAACUGCAGCACCUACUACGACAACUACAACACCUACUACGACAACCACAGCACCUACUACGACAACCACAGCACCUACUACGACAACCACAACUGUACCUCCUACGACAACCACAACUACAACACCUACUACGACAACCACAGCACCUACUACGACAACCACAGCACCUACUACGACAACCACAACUGUACCUCCUACGACCACCAUAACUGCAGCACCUACUACGACAACUACAACACCUACUACGACAACCACAGCACCUACUACGACAACCACAGCACCUACUACGACAACCACAACUGUACCUCCUACGACAACCACAACUGCAGCACCUACUACGACAACUACAACACAUACUACGACAACCACAACACCUACUAUGACAACCACAACUGUAGCUCCUACGACAACCACAACUGCAGCUCCAACUACAACAACUGUAGCUCCUACGACCCCCACAACUGCAGCACCUACAACAACAACUGUAGCUCCUACGACCACAACUGCAGCACCUACUAUGACAACUACAACCGAAGCUGCUACGACAACCACAACUUCAGCGCCUACUACGACAACCACAACACCUACGACGACAACCACAACACCUACUACAGCAACCACAACAACUACUACGGCAACCACAACACCUACUACGACAACCACAACUGUACCUCCUACGACAAGCACAACUGCAGCUCCAACUACAACAACUGUAGCUCCUACGACCCCCACAACUGCAGCACCUACUUCAACAACUACAACUGCAGCACCUCCUACGACCCCAACUGCAGCACCUACUUCAACAACUACAACUGCAGCACCUACUACGACAACUACAACCGAAACUGCUACAACAACCACGACAUCAGCACCUACUACGACAACCACAACACCUACUACGACAACCACAACACCUACUACGACAACCACAACACCUACUACGACAACCACAACACCUAUUACGACAACCACAACUGUAGCUCCAACUACAUCUGUAGCUCCUAUGACCACUACAACUGCAGCACCUACUUCAACAACCACUGCAGCUCUUACAACCACUACACCAGAAGCACCUACUUCGACAACCACUGCAUCUCCUACUACAACAACCACUGCAGCUCAUACAACCACUACAACAGCAGCACCUACUACAACAACUACAAAUGCAGCUCCUACGACAAACACAACAGAAGCCCCUACAACAACAACUGUAGCAUCUACGACAACAAAUAUAUCCCCAACCACUACAACCAGCACCUAUAACAACUUUAGCUUCUUCGAAAACAACUAUAUUUCCUACUACCACUACAACUGCAGCAUCUACUUUGACAAUCACUACAGCUCCAGCUACAACAUCUUUAGCUCCUACAACCACUACAACUGCAGAACCUCCUUCCACAACCACUGCAGCUCCUACUUCAAAAACCCCUGCAUCUCCUACUUUAACAACAACUGCAGCUCUUACAACCACUGCAGCAGCAGCACUUACUACAACAACUACAAAUGCAGUUCCUACGACAACUUUAGAUCCCACGACCACUACAGCAGAAACACCUACAACGACCACUACAAAUGCAGCUCCUACGACAACCACAACUGA